AUGCAUCUCAAAAAUCUCGUCAUCGCGCUCGCCGCAACUUUCGCCGCGUCCGCAUACGCUGCGCCGCUGGGAGGGCUCGAUUCUCUGUUUGAGGGACUGGAGCGAGAAUUGGAGACAGGAUUUUCGGGUUUCGAGCGUGAACUUGAGGGUUCCGGGCAUGACCCGCAAUGCAGCAAAGCAUGCUAUUCUCACCGCCCUGAGUGCCCACGUGGCUGGUGGCCAGAUUUGCGGGGCCGUUGCUACGCUUGCUGCACACAUUCAAAGCCGAAGAAUCCGAAUCCUCAGCCAAACCCCUAUGAUCCCCAUCAGCCGAAGCGAAAGCCAAAGCCAGAGCCAAAGCCAGAGCCUUAUGAUCCCUAUUGGCCAAAGCCAAACCCCUAUGAUCCCCAUCAGCCGAAGCGAAAGCCAAAGCCAGAGCCAAAGCCAGAGCCUUAUGAUCCCUAUUGGCCAAAGCCAAACCCCUAUGAUCCCCAUCAGCCGAAGCGAAAGCCAAAGCCAGAGCCAAAGCCAGAGCCUUAUGAUCCCUAUUGGCCAAAGCCAAACCCCUAUGAUCCCCAUCAGCCGAAGCGAAAGCCAAAGCCAGAGCCAAAGCCAGAGCCUUAUGAUCCCUAUUGGCCAAAGCCAAAGCCUUAUGAUCCCUUCCGGCCUGAGUCAAAGCCUUUUGAUCCCUUCCGGCCAAAGCCAAAGCCUUAUGAUCCCUUCCGGCCUGAGUCAAAGCCUUUUGAUCCCUUCCGGCCAAAGCCAAAGCCUUAUGAUCCCUUCCGGCCUGAGUCAAAGCCUUUUGAUCCCUUCCGGCCUGAGUCAAAGCCUUAUGAUCCCUUCCGGCCUGAGUCAAAGCCUUAUGAUCCCUUCCGGCCUGAGUCAAAGCCUUAUGAUCCCUAUUGGCCAAAGCCAAAGCCUUAUGAUCCCUUCCGGCCUGAGUCAAAGCCUUAUGAUCCCUAUUGGCCAAAGCCAAAGCCUUAUGAUCCCUAUUGGCCAAAGCCAAAGCCUUUUGAUCCCUAUUGGCCUGAGUCAAAACCAAAGCCAAAGCCAAAGCCUCGUGAUCCCCACCAGGAAACGCCUCAGGAUCCCUACCAGCCAAAGCCCCAGGAUCCAGAGCCGAGGCCUGGUGACGGUGAUAGGGUGAUUAAUGUUGGUUUCCCUGCGGGUGGUUUGAUAUGCCACCCAGCAUGCUUUCCUCCUUCCCAUCAGUGCCCAUCCGGCCAGCAACUACGUCAGCGUGGUGGUUGCUCCACUUGCUGUGAACUUCCGAAGCCAAAGCCAGAGUCAAACCCUCAUGAUUCUGAUCAGCCGAACCCAAGGCCUGGUGACCAUGAUGGGCCGAUUAUCGACCAUGGGGCUCUCGACCCCAAUCACCCUCAUCACCACCCUCAUGAUUCUCAUCAGCCGAACCCGAGACCUGGUGACCGUGAUGGGCCUCUCGACCCCAAUCAGCCUGCUCCCUGA